AUGAGGCUCUACCCUCGCUGGCCUCUCCGCGCGGAGACGACAGGCAGCUACGCCGGCGUGCUGAUCCCGCUCGAGGAGGCCCACCUGUACAGCCACUCGGCGCGCAGCGGAAGGACCGAGUUCGAGGAGCCACCGUCGACGGCUGACAACAAUGACGACGAGGCAGGAGGGAAGCGCGGCGACGGCGGGGAGGAGGCGGGCAUGCUCGAGAUGCGGGCGGCAGAGUACAGCAUCGAGGGUCUGAGGCGUGAGGUCCGGCUGGGCGGCGGAGGAGUCCGGCCGACGGCCUAUGAGAUGAAGUCCAAGCUCAUCAACAAGGCCGUCCAGGACAUUGGCAUGGGCCGGUAUAACUGGCAACUGUUUUUCCUCUGCGGGUUUGGCUGGUUUGCGGACAAUCUGUGGAUGCAGGGCGUCUCCCUCCUCCUACCCUCACUCUCAGCCGAAUUCGGCAUCUCGGAAAAGACGGUCCGCUACACGACCUCGACCCUCUUCCUCGGCCUCUGCGUCGGCUCCUUCACCUGGGGAAUCGGCUCCGACAUGAUGGGCCGCCGGAUCGCCUUCAACGCGACGCUCUUCAUCACGGGCGUCUUCGGCAUCCUGGCCUCGUAUGCCCCGUCGUGGGGCUGGCUGUGUCUGAUGCUGGCCGCGCUGGGCUCGGGUGUGGGCGGGAACCUUCCCGUCGACGGCGCCCUGUUCCUCGAGUUCCUCCCCGACGCCAGCAGCAGCCUGUUGACCCUUUUGUCCGUCUGGUGGCCCGUCGGCCAGCUCUGCUCCAGCCUGUUUGCCUGGUACUUUAUGGCCAACUGGCCCGUCGAACAGGGCUGGCGCUGGUUCGUCUUUGCCAUUGGCGUCGUCACCCUGCUCAUGUUUGCACUGCGCUUUUUCGUCUUUAACCUGUUCGAGUCGCCCAAGUUCCUGCUCUCCAAGGGCCGCCAGGCCGAGGCCGUCGCCGUCGUCCACGGCCUCGCCUACCGCAACGGUGUCAAGACGUGGCUGACGGAGAAGAUAAUGGACGACGUUGCCGGCGAGGACGACGACAACGGCGACGAUGUUUUUGAGCCCUCCAGACGGCCGGCUCUCGACACCACCUCGGUCCUGCGCGCCAAACUCGCCUCCUUUUCUGGAGACCGCAUCCGCCCGCUGUUCAGCAACAAGACCCUCGGCCUAGCCACCGCCAUCAUGUGGUUCAUCUGGGCCACCAUCGGCAUGGGCUACCCGCUCUUCAACGCAUUCCUACCCCAGUACCUCUCGCGCGGCGUCAGCGACUCCACCACCACCGCCGCCGCCAUCGUCGCCGCCCGCGCCGAGACGCAACCCCAAGCCAUCUCGCCCGAGACGUACCGCAACUACGCCAUAACCUCCAUCGUCGGCGUGCCCGGCUCGCUCCUGGCCGCGUACACAGUCGACCACCCGUCGCCGCUGCUCGGCCGCAAGGGCACGCUCGCCAUCUCGACCCUGGUCUCGGCCGUGUUCCUCUUCGGCUUCGCCACGCUGGGCACGACGCCGUCGGCGCAGCUGGCCUUCUCGUGCGUCGAGGCCUUUUCCCAAAACAUCAUGUACGGCGUGCUGUACGCCUUCACGCCCGAGAUAUUCCCCGCCCCCGUCCGCGGCGCCGGCACCGGCGUCGCCAGCUUCCUCAACCGCGUCGCCGGCCUGCUCGCCCCCGUCCUGGCCGCCAACAUACCCGGCGACGGCUCCACCGCCCCCAUAUACCUCUCGGCCGUGCUGAUCCUCGCCGCCUUUGUCGCCAUGUGUCUCAUCCCUAUCGAGACGAGGGGGAGGCAGAGGCUGUGA